UGUCAAAUAAACGUCAAAAGUAUAUUUUUAAGCACUAAUAAAAUAAUUUCCAAUUUCGUCUAACUAUAAACGAAACUAAAAUAUUUAUUUAAUAAUGUUUACACAAACUAAAUAUACAGUUUCGUUGGAAAUACUUCUAGAACGCUCUGCAUACCAGUGAUCUAAAUCCGUUCUAAUUCGAAGUAGCCAAACAAUGGCUUUUUUAAAUUCGAACAUAUCGGUGAUAUUGAUUCAACAAAAAUAACCGAAAACGUAAGGGGGUGAUUGUUAAAAGAAAUGUGUUAUAACAAAAAACAUGGUCCUCAGCACAGAGUGGUCUCAAGUAGAGGUGAUCGAUCUGAUAAAUGAUGGUUCCGGUCUUGGUUUUGGUAUUGUAGGGGGCCGGAGCACUGGAGUCGUUAUAAAAUCCAUCCUACCUGGCGGCAUAGCCGACAAAGACAGCCGAUUGCAAAGCGGCGACCACAUCCUUCAGAUAGGCGAUAUUAAUUUGAGGGGACUGACAGCGGACCAAGUGGCCACCGUUUUGAGACAGGCUGGACAGCAGGUAAGGAUGGUAGUGGCCCGAUCGGCGGAACCUAGUUCACAAGAUUUUUUACUAUACAAUUGCACCGCGCCUAUCGUUCCUACAAAAAUCUUAACCGAUCCAGAAGAAUUAGACAGGCAACUAUUACAAAAUGGCUAUACCACUUCUUUUUUUCAAUAUGCCGAAGCACUACAGGUUGUGAAAACUGAAAUCAGACAACAAGACCAAGUAGAGAAUUGUUUGAAUGUGAUAAACUCGAAUGGCUUGGACGGUAAGAGUCCUGUAAACAGCGGGAAAGCUACGCCAAACGGCUUAUCACCUUUGGAAGCACCUCAAUCCACCAAACAAUUAAUUGUUGACAUAGAGUAUACCAAUAGCGAACCCGAAACGGAAAAAUUCAAAGUAACUUUGCCGAAAGACGAGUACGGAUUGGGUAUCACGAUAGCCGGUUACGUAUGCGAAAAAGAAGCCCUGUGCGGAAUAUUCGUGAAGAGUCUCAACGAGCAAUCGCACGCGUUUAAAUGCGGAAAAAUCGAAGUGAAUGAUAGAAUAAUCGAAGUAGACGGCGUCUCUCUAGUCAAUUGUACGAACUACGAAGCCGUUAAAAGGCUGAAAGAAACCGGAAACGUUGUUGAUAUAACGUUCGAAAGGUAUUUGAGCGGUCCCAAGUACGAGCAAUUGCAAGAAGCCAUAGCCGAUAGAGAGAGGAACAAGGAGAUUAGUCCUGCGUCGCCUAGCGUCACUACUUUAAGUUGGAUUCCGAUUGAUAAUACAGAUCAGGUCCAGGAUGAUCCCGAAAAGACUUCCGUAAACAGCGACAGCAUCCCCUCCGAUCAGAAUCCCGAGGCUAAAGAGAUAUUCAUAGAAGAAAAUUUCGAAGUGAACUUAGAGGACGAUUUGGAGACGGCGACCAAGCACAAGUGGCAAGGACUUAUUGGCGAUUGUGCAGACAUCGUUGUCGCAAAUCUCACCAAACUUAAAGGUUUGGGAAUAAGUUUAGAAGGUACGGUAGAUGUAGAGGGCGGUAUCGAAUUGAGACCGCACCAUUACAUCAGAUCCAUUUUACCAGAGGGUCCCGUGGGACAAAACGGCAGACUUCAUCCUGGUGAUGAACUAUUGGAGGUGAACGGCCAAAAAUUGCUGGGAAUCAAGCACGUCGACGUGGUGAAAAUCCUCAAAGAGCUUCCCUGCGCCGUGAGGCUCGUGUGCUCCAGGGAGCACAAAACCAAUAGGGUAAUAAACACCUCUCAAGAUCGAGAGGCGUUCGAAGCUAGAAACAUUUUAGGCGGCAGCCUGAAGAAUCUCCUUCCUCAGCCCGAGCAAAAGCUGAUCAAAGCCCUUAGUGAUACUAGUCUUAAUACGUCGAGCACCGUCACAGUAACAGACGAGUCCAAUUUGCAAAAAGCAAAAUCUCGAUCGUUGGAAGUCACCAACGUCGCCAUGUGGUCUGAGGACGUUGAAUACGUGGAACUAGUCAAAGGCGAUCGAGGUCUGGGUUUUUCCAUUCUUGAUUAUCAAGACCCGCUCGACAUUAAAUCGAGCGUCAUCGUGGUGCGAAGUCUCGUCCCCAACGGUCCGGCGGAGCACAACGGGAAAAUCACGCCGGGCGAUCGACUUAUCAGCGUCAAUGGUAAGAUAAUAAGAAACGCGACGCUCGAUCAAGCCGUGCAAGCCCUGAAAGGCACCGCCCCGGGAGUGGUCAAACUAGGAAUUUCCAAACCGUUGCCCAGUUCGAAGAAUAGCGAAACUUUAAGCAAUCAGACUGGAGGCUCUUAAAAAACUCUAAAAAAAACGGACUAAAUUUAAAAAAUAUAUAUCAGUGAAACUCAUACAGGGAACUCGACAGUUGUGACGAGGUUUGGGACAAAUCGAAGCUUUUUUGAAACAUUUUUCCGUAUGGAUAGCUGAAAGCUGACCAGACCAAAGCGGGUGUUUUUUUUUUCUUGUCCAUUUGUAUCUUUGACGUUACAAUGUGAUAAAAGGUAGAAGUUGCGUUAUCUUUGGUUAAAGAGCGCAGCAACUUCAUGUCGGUCGCUGCUGUGACAUUAAACUUUUUAAGUUGAUUUGGAACUUUUCUAAGUUGAUCUUGGACU